CUUUGAGAGAGAGAUCUUAACAUUUAACGGCACAUCGGAAAAUGGAGAGAACCUACCGGAGUAACUCGCCGGCGCCGGUGACUGAGAGUUUCACUGAUGAGUCAAACUCCGGCCAGUCUUCUUCUCUCACUCUUGAGAAUUUCAAAGAUGAUUUGAUUCACACUGCAAAUAAUGCUACCACGGACGAGUGCACAGGAUGGACAAAUGAAAAGCAUAAUACAUUUCUUGAUUGUCUUGAAACAUCGUUUGUUAAGCAGUUGCACAGAUCAAUGGUCUUGCGUGCUGGUUGUGUGGAACUGAAUAGGAGUUCCAGAACUUUGUCUAAAAAGCUGUCCUCCAACAAUGAUAAAGCUACUAAGCAGUUCACUGCUUGGCGAGAUGGAUGUUGGAAGAUCAAUAUUGAGAGUGACCAACCUGAUCUAUUGGUCAGGCAGGGUGAUGAGUACCAUCAUGUUACGGAUCUCCAAUUAUGUUCUAGAAUCUAUACCGAGGAAAAGCAAAGAAGAGAAAAGACGAUUUCCUCUCAUGGACUCGAAGAAAGAUCGGAUCUGCCCCUUCCCAUCCCUGCAGAACUUCAAAAACCAGUUAGCAGAAUUGCUGAAGGUUCAGGUCAGAAUUUUGCGGAUGAAGAUUCUGAAGAAAACUCGAGGAGCGAAAAGCUAAAGACAGCCAUGAUGGAUACUGCAGAUGAGCAAAUUGUUCCGACAGGGAAGUUUGAGAGUCUGGGAGUUGCUAACUCCAUGUUCCAGAUAAAGGAAGAAGUAAAUCUUGAAUGUUAGUAAAUCAACCACAUCUUUGUCCCAACUCCCAAGGUGAUGUGAGUUCCACUUUGAACGGCAGCUAAGGCAUAGUGUAACGCCGGAGCAACACUGCUUUACAAACACAAGCAUCUGCCAUCAAGCUCUUGUGUGUUUAAAGAGACGGCAUUAGACAAGCUUGAAGGUGCUGACUACUAAAGAUGAGUUGUGUUUUGCUGUAGAAAAAUGGGUCACUUUUUAGCUAAUACAGUAGUGACUAGGAAAAGAAUCUAUAUCACGUCUGCAUAGAGUUUCUCCUUUAUAUUAUAUUAAAUUUGUAAAUAACAUAUACUUAGAGAAGAGGUUAUGAGAUGAAGUUUGAGAAUUU